AUGGAUCAAGCCUAUUACCAGACUGGAGAGCGACGGCUCUACCAGGAGAUGCGACAGAAGCCCGCAAGGGACACGUUCUUCAGUUUCAAAGACGAGAGACAAGCUCCACGCCCAACAUCAGUAGCGACAGAGUUUGUUGAUACAGAUUGGGACGAGGAGCUCUUGACGGAGGCGGAGGACAACUCGCCCCGAGUGAGCUUGCAAUCGUCUGGGCAGCCAAGUUUCACCACAGUAUCGACAUACGAUGAAGUGCCGACCCCGAGGUCAAGCCGGGGGCGGGAUCUGUAUAGCGAGGCCGCCUUGAAGCCAGUCGAAGGUCCCCGGGGCCCUCAUUUGUUCCGCAGCUCAACGGAUCCGUCCUUGCUGGAAGAGGAAGCGAUCCUGACCUUGUCGCCUUUGACACCAAAGGUAACGCGCGGCGUUGCCGACUUUCUAGAACGACCGCCGCUGCCUCGGCGGAGCAGCCCUUUCCAGUACGCGAACGAGGAACUCGAUGCCUCCACCCUUGCUUCGUGGAGCCCCGAGAUGGUGGCACAGUCCAUGCUCAACGCUGGCGUUGAGGUCUCUGUAGCUGAUCGGUUCAUCGAGAACGACAUCAACGGAGCGAUUCUCAUUACUCUCAAGUUUGAGGACCUAAGAGAGCUGGAUAUACCGUCUUUUGGUAUUCGCACAAGAGUAUGGCACCAAAUUCAAGCUCUGCGGGACAGUCGUCCGGCAUCCCCGCGACCUGCGACCCCGAUCGAGGAUGCGCCGAGCCGUGAGGCGAGAAAGGAGACCAAACAGGCGAGAAAGACCAGCGAUGAUGGACUGAAAAGGCGCCAAAGCAGCAGACGGAGACAACGCCGCAAGCACUCAGCUGACGAUGUCAUAACACCGAUGGAGUCAGUCUCCAUAAUCGGCAUCGAGCAAGUCAUCCCAAAGCCGCAUCACUGCUCCAAAGGCGAGAACUGUUCCAAGUGGAGGCGUCAGCAGCGUGCGAUCGCUGAAUUCCGCAGAGCAAACCCACACGUCGACAUUGGUGCAGGCGGGACCGUCUUGAUCUUCGGAGACGCUGGCAAUCCAGACACGGCCAAAGCUAUCGACCCCAACGAGGUUCACCGUCCCGUCUCUGACGCUGUACCGUCCGUCGUCGCGUCAUCGGAUGUCCUGGGACCUGGCGGCCUACCUCCGCUGCAAUACCUCCAAGAAGCUACGCUGCGCAACCUUCAGGCCCGAGAUGCCCAAGACAAUGUUCGCCAGUUCCUCAACUUCCAGCGUCAACAGGAUAAUGACGCCUGUGACCAAGUUCCGCCUACGCCUCCGUUUGAGCUGGCACCAGCCGCGAAGCCAGCACACCGUGGCCUCCGUCGCUUGCCUAAGCUGUCCAUCCCGAGCGACUCACUCCCACAACGACAACCUCCUCCUCGAGCGGCCACGGUUCCUCCCCCAGCCGGGCCGCAGGAGGCACAACCAAGGCGCAGACAGACCCAGGAUUUUAUGCCCUACCGCAUGGCGAAAGCUGACCCGCUGUCGCCCGAUCUGGAAACCCCCAAGAAUCCGUAUCGACUGGCAAGCCCCUUUUCGGACCCCGACGCUCCGCUUACGGCCGUCCCGGCCGGGCCCAUCUCUCGCGAUGCGUCGCAGUCUGUUCCCCCUGACAUGGGAUACCGGCCGACCAUGCCAAACAGCGUUCCUCUAGUGCGAUCACAGUCACGCGCCUCGGCGAGGCGGCCAUCUUUUCCGACUCUGCCCUCUGUGAACGAGCGUCGGCCCGCUCCAGGAUCCAAGACCUCGUCUCCUCAGGCACCGUCGAGGCUUCCCCAACAGCACGUUCAGCCACCUCCACGCUUUGACUACCCGUGGUCGCCUGCAGAGCGCACAUCUUUUGAGCAUACCAUCCCGCCGAUCUCAAGUCUUCGAUCCAGUGACACUGUCGCGCCAGACGAAGCGAGAAAUGGAGUCACCUUUCAGGGUCCGAUGAAGAAGCGCAAGACGCGCUUGCUACGACACGAGUGGCAGGAUGGCUACUUUACCCUCAGAGGCACCCGGCUAAACAUGCACAAAGAUGUGACCGAAGUAGGCCGGACGCUGGAGUACGUCGAUGUUGACGACUACGCCAUCGCUUGUUCCAGUCUUGCAUCCACGUCCAAGCUUAGUGCCGCAUUUAAAGCGAUGCGUGUUUCCCACAACCGGGAGAAGAGCGACCCCAUCGCGUCGUUUUGCUUUCAGCUCAUCCCCCAGGAAAAGGAAUCCGGUACGCGCCUUCGCAAGCGGGACAGCUCUCUCCACCCAUCCAAUCGCUCUCCGUCCGAGGGUGUGAACGGCACCGGGAAGACCCAUCAUUUUGCCGUCAAGAAUCGGGACGAUCGCAUCGAUUGGAUGCGAGAGCUCAUGUUGGCUAAAGCCCUCAAGCAAAAGGGCGAUGGCUUUGAAAUCAGCGUCAACGGGAACAUGAUCUAA